AUGGAUCUCGGCCGAGUUCUUGGAUCUGCCACUAAGCGAGUGCUCGAUGGCACUCAAUCUACCCUGCUCUGGGGUGCCCAGAUUGUGCCUGUAUACAUGGCCAGGAAACUGGUGCUCUCUUUCUUGAAGGGCAUUACGAAUGGGCAUUUGGUGAUCCGCUCAGACGGCACAGAGUGGACAUUUGGGUCCAUCGAAACCGGCCCAAGUGCCUGGAUCACCGUCCACGAUGCAAAGUUCUGGUAUCGCAUUCUAAUAUCUGCAGAUAUUGGAUUCGCAGACUCGUUCAUGCUCAAGGAAAUUACCACACCCGAUUUGAAGGCGGCAUUCCAGAUAUUCAUCCUGAACCGCACCAAUCUCUCCAACUUCACCACUCCCACGUCCACCAUCUUUGCCGCUCUCUCGAGCCUCCUCUUCCGCACCACCGACACCAACACUGUCAACCGCGCCGCGCUCAAUAUGGCCGCCCACUAUGAUCUCUCCAACGAUAUGUUCGCCGCCUUCCUGUCCCCAGACAUGACCUACUCCAGCCCGAUCUAUCUCCCACGGUCCCACCCCGACUACGACAACGACACCCUCGAGCAAGCCCAGUAUCGCAAGCUCGACCGCAUAAUCCAGGCCCUCCACCUCCAGCCUACAGACCAUCUACUCGAAUUCGGAAGCGGAUGGGGAAGCAUGGCGAUUCGCGCCGCGAGUACUACCGGCUGUCGCGUGACGAGUAUCACGCUCUCUGUGCGACAGAAAGAGGAAGCAGAUCGUCGAAUCGAGGAAAUAGGAUUGAAUAACAAGAUCACCGUCCUCUUGUGCGAUUACCGAAGUCUGCCGGUACCGGAGGUCCCGUACGACAAGUUUGUCGCGAUCGAGAUGUUCGAAGCGAAUCUGAACGAGGAUUUAGAGGUGAUUUGGGGGGUGGUUGAUCGAAUGCUGAAGAAAGAGGGAGGCAUUGCUUGUGUGCAGACGGUCUUGAUGCCUGAAUUGGUAUGUUUCUGGCUUGAGGCUCUAGAACUGUCUGUGGUGAUUAUUAUGCUGAUGAUAACAAAUAGCGGUAUAGGAAUCAGUUUCCUCAGGGUGAGGGGUAUGUAUCGCCUAUACCUGUCCCUCCUUCCCUCUGUCCUUGAGUUCGUUAGACAGCUGUAUUGCUAACAUGCAUAUUAAUCUCCAGAUUUAUACCCCGUUACAUCUUCCCAGGCGGCCACAACCCCAGCCUGACCCGGUUCCUCGAAGCCGUCAACAACGGCACAAAGCACACGCUGAGCCUGGAGUCUCUGCACGAAUACGACGCGCACUACGCCCGGGCUCUGGCCGAAUAUCGACAAAAUUUCAUAGACAAUUACGAAACGCUGAUCGCGCCGGCGCUGCGAAGAGAACAUUCCCUCUCCGACGAGGAAAUAGAGUUGUUCCGGUUGAAGUAUAUUUAUUAUUUUACGUAUACGGAGGUAGGGUUUAGUGAGAAGGUGUUGCAUGUGACGCAGGUAGUGUUUGCGAGGGAGGGGACGAGGCAGAUGUUGGAGGAUGUUUAGG